AUUUUAAUAUAAUUAUCACAGACAAUUGUUUAUGCUCUUAUAUUUAUCAAUAAUUAAUGUAAGUAAUGAUUACUAUGAUUUAUUCAAUUGAUGCAAAUUAUUUGGCGCUUAAAGACCAAUCAAAUUGCCAGACAUGCUAUUAAUAUUCCCGCGUCAAUGUGCUGCCCUCUAUGUAAAUUCGAAAGAUGAUUUUAUAAAUUUCGUUAGACACAAAUAUCAUAUAGCGUUUAUUAUUUAUCAUUGCUUAUUAUUGUGCGUUAUGUAGCGCACAAUCAUAGUUUAAAAUUUAAAACUAUCAUAGUCAUAAAAAAUAGUAUUGUGUAAUAUUUUUAAUAAUGUGAAGAAUAUUUAUUUAGUCACAAUAUUAUUUAUAUAGUUGUAAAUAAUAUGUAUAAUUAAUCCAAAUAGAACAAAUUAAAAAUUGAAGUUUUUCAUUUUCGGCGAGUUAUUUUCGCAAACUUUCAGCAAAAUGUCACAUAAAAACAAUGAAGAAGUUGAUAGUUUAAAUAAUUCCGUUAGAAGUACUUCGAGGGUGUUAAGUUUUUUUAAUAAAUCCAAAGAGGUUAUUAUUGACAAUGAAGUAAAAAAUGAUUCAGCGAUUCUCGAAUGUGAUCCUGAAUUAAAUACCAUAAAUAAGAAUGAACGUUCAUAUGCAGAAAGUAAUAAUAAACUUACAUUUAACGUUGUAUUUGGUAAGAUAACUACUAAAAAACAUAAAACAUGGGAUAGUGAUGGUCUUUUAGAAGUUCUUGGAAAAAAUGCAGUUUUGAAGGAUCUGGACGGUAGUAUUAUUGGUAGAACAACAGUUAAUCCACAAUGUUUAAAUGAAGGUUUUAGACUGUUUAUUGCUAGUAAAGAAGUAGAGAUAAUUAACUUGGUAUCGCAUGAUGUAAACUUAGCAGGUAAUACUUGCAAAAGUAUAGAAGAUAGAGAACCACCAAGAAAAAAGUUUAAAACUUCUAAUACUGGUUCAUGUUUAUUAGCAGGCUCUGAAAUAACUUCUGAAGCAUUGAUAAUGCCAAGUUUUUGUACUAAGAUAGAUGGUAUUGAUAAUAUUAAUCCAGAAACUGAACAACAAGUGUCUGUAGAUGCUUGUUUGACAAAUGUACUUAGACCUCAUCAACGAGAUGGAGUUAUUUUUCUUUAUGAAUGUAUUAUGGGAAUUAAAAUUGAAAAUAAUUUUGGUGCUAUUUUGGCAGAUGAAAUGGGUCUUGGGAAAACAUUACAAUGUAUAACAUUGAUAUGGACACUCUUAAAGAAAGGACCAUUUGGUAAACCAGUAUUAAAACGUGUACUUAUUGUGACUCCUAGCAGUUUGUGUAAUAAUUGGAAAAAAGAAUUUAUUCAUUGGUUGGGCUCUCAUAGGAUUUUUCCUUUUGUUGCUGAUAGUAAAAAUAAGCCACAAAAUUUUAAAAGACAACCAAGAUCACAGGUAUUAAUUAUUAGUUAUGAAAUGUUUGUUAGAAGCUAUGAAGAAAUCAAAGAAAUUAAUUUUGAUUUAAUAAUAUGUGAUGAAGGACACAGAUUGAAAAAUAGUAACAUACAAGCAGCCAAGCUGUUACAAGAAAUUGAUUGUAGAAAAAGAAUUCUUUUAUCAGGCACACCUAUACAGAAUGAUUUGCAAGAAUUUUAUACACUCGUCAAUUUUGUAAAUCCUAUUAUUUUAGGUAGUAGUACCGAAUAUAAGCGUUAUUACGAAAGUCCUAUUAUUGCCUCUCAAUGUCCUUAUGCAUCAGAUGAUGCCCAAUUUUUAGGAAAGGACCGAGCUAAAGAAUUGCGCGAUAUAACUAGUCCUUUUAUUUUGAGACGAACCCAAGAAAUAAUUAGUAAAUAUUUACCGCGCAAGCAUGAAAUGGUUAUAUUUUGCCAUUUAUCAGAAAAACAAAAAAACUUGUAUUCCCUUGUGAUAGAUACUUGGUUUGACAAUAUGAUAUCGGAGAAAAAACCAACGCAUUUAACAAUUAUAACAGCUCUUAAAAAGAUUUGUAAUCAUCCCAUUCUAUUUACAAAGGAUAAAGAUAACUUUUUAAAUAAUAAUCCAUCCUUUUUACAAUUAAUAAAAGAUGAUAAUGCUUCGAAUAGUAAUGAAACAGAAUAUUGCGGUAAAAUAACGAUCGUUCGAUGUUUAAUGAGAAAUCUGAAAAAAACUGAUGAAAAAAUAGUACUAGUUUCUUAUUACACACAAACACUUGAUUUUUUCGAAUCUAUUUGCAAUGCCGAAGGACUAAAAUAUUGCAGACUCGAUGGUAGUACACAAAAUGUGGCAAGAAUGAAAAUUAUAGAACAAUUCAAUUCCAAAACUGACGAUAGUAAAAUAUUCUUAUUAAGUGCAAAGGCAGGUGGUAUCGGAUUAAAUUUACCAGGAGCAUCUAGAUUGAUAUUAUUUGAUUCAGAUUGGAAUCCUGCAUCAGAUGCUCAAGCUAUGGCAAGAAUAUGGAGACAUGGUCAAAAAAAAAGUGUUUAUAUCUACAGAUUACUAAUGUUAGGUACAAUUGAAGAAAAAAUAUAUCAACGUCAAAUUAGUAAAACAAAUUUAAGUGAAGUUGUUGUUGAUGCAAAUAAUCUUUCUUCUUUGAAACUAUCAUCUAGUGAAUUAAAGGAUUUAUUCACUUUAACAUUAAACACAGAUUCUUUGACACAUGAUUUGAUGAAUUGUACAUGUUGUGAUGAAGUAAUUCUCAAUGAAUCAUCAGAUGAAUGUGAUGAUAUAAAUAAAAAAGAGUAUACAAAAAAUAUUAUUAAAAAAAAGCAAUCUCAACAAAAUUUAACUAUUAAUCAACUUCUUGAUUGGCAACAUUAUAGAAAACCAUUUGCGGACAAUAUGAUGCAAGAACUUAUGCUAAAACAAGUAUCUAAACAUAUUUCAUUCAUAUUUAAAAACACCAUAACUGAAAAAUAUGAGCCAAGUUAGAAAUUGUUUAGUAAUAGUAUACCAUAAUAUGAUAAGAAGUAUAUAAUGAUUUUUAAAUCAAAAGUUAAUGAAAUUAAAAAAUUAUAAUUUAUUCUUAUGCGAUAUAAAAUUUAAUAAUCUAUUAAUAACUUCCUCUGAUUCACAUACUUUCAUAAGUUCUUCCACCUCUGCCUUAUUUACUUCCAAUAAAAUUUGUUUAUUCCAUUUUUGUAUUAAACAUUUGAUGGCCAUUAUAGACUAGAAUUUGAUUUCAAUAAUUAUUUAAUUUUAAUAAGUUAAUUAUUUAGCAUAAAUAUUAAGAUUGUGAAAUUGACAGAUAUAUACCUUUAUAGAAAGUUGACUCAGUUUUCUUAGAUAUAUCCAUACUUCUUCUUCAUCUUUAUAUAUUGUUCCAACUAAAUGAUAUUCUUUGGCUUCUUUAGCAUCUAUUUUAUAUCCAAAAUAUAACAUAUCACCAGCCUAAAAAAAUAAAUUUUUCGUUAUAUUUUGUUGGAGAAUGAGUUUAUUUAACAGAAUAUUUAAGUGAAAAAAAUAAAGUUUUUUAAUUAUAUUUAUAUAUAAAUUUAUAAAUGUAUGUUACAUCAUUACCUUACUUGGGCCCAUUAUUUUUGGGAAUGUAUAUGAAGAACAACCUUCAGCUACAAGACCUAAUUUAGUAAAAGGUGUGUGGAAAUAUGCCUUCAAAAUAUAAAAAAUUAAACUAGUAAAAGAUUUUUAUAUCGCUUUUUAAUUACAACACAUGAUGAUUUAUAUCAAAAAUGAAACAUCAGUCUAACAGCUGAUUAAACAAAAUAAUUUUAAUACCAGUUUGUAAUGAAAUUACUUUUUCUGAAGCAUAUACUAUAUCAAAAAGUCCAAGCAUAGUGGUUCCAAUGCCAAUUGCCGGGCCAUUUACAAUAGCUAUCAAUAGUUUAGGAAAGGUAAUUAGUGCAUCGAUAAAGUUUCUGUAAGAAUUUUAAUUAAUAUACUUAUUAUCGUGUUAAAUAUAUGUUUACAUAAAAUAUUAAUAUAAUUUAUAAGUGAAAUUGUAUUUACUUAAAACUUGUGAAAUUCUCAAUUGAAUAUAACAUACUAAUAUCAUU